AUGACUGGUAAAAUAAGAGGGUUUAAAGCAGAAGUGAUGAAAGUUAGUCCUGAUAUAAGAUUUGUUCAUUGCAUUAUACAUAGAGAACAUUUAACUUUUCGAAAAAUUGUCUGUGAACUGAAUUCAAUUAUGAAUGAUGUAAUAUCAAUGCUAUCCCGUGGGAAAGUUUUGAAAAGAGUUAUAGAACUAAGUGAUGAGCUCCGUAUAUUUCUUCAUGAUAUUAAACCAGACUUUUCUGCACUUUUAAGUAAUGAAAAAUGGAUGUGUUUAGCUUCAUAUUUAGCAGAUGUUUUCGAUAAAGUUAAUGAAUUAAAUCUAUCUCUUCAAGAUCAUAUUUCAUGGGCCCCAAAAGAGCAAUUAAUUAAUAUUAGAGAAAACUCAACUCUUGAAACCAAAUUUAAUGAAAAAGAACUUACUGAAUUUUGGUUAAGACGACAGCAAGAGUAUCCUGUAAUUUUGAAAGCGGCUUUACUUAUAAUAAUACCUUUCGCAUCGACAUAUCUUCGUGAAACUACAUUUUCACAACUUCAAAUUAUAAAAAACAAACAAAGAUCAUGCAUUUCACAACAGUCUUUAGAAGCAAACUUGCGUAUUUCAGUUUCAAACAACACACCUGACAUAAAUAUGUUAUGCGAAAAUAUGCAAGCCCAACAGUCACAUUAA